AAGCAAACAAGACACCACGCUCAAACACUGCAUCCUAAGUGAUAAAAAGUAGUGUGUUCUGGUGUCACGAGUCGCUGCAGAGUUGCGUGAUAUGCAGUUUAGUCGCCAGACAAUCAGUUCUAAAAUGUCUGCGCAAUCAGAUCGUCGACGUUCGUAUAUCGUGCUGUAUUGUCUUGGAACCUUUACCCUACUGCUUAUGCUCAUCAGCAUAACAGAGUCUAAAAAAGCGUUCGAUUACUGCCAAGCGGGACUGUGUGCAACCGGAACUCGUCAUGUGGCAUGCAACGGACACAAAUUCGGAAGUAACUGCAGCAGACCCAUGCUGAUCAAAAUGUCACCCAAAUACGUCAAUCUUAUACUAAACUUUCACAAUACCAAACGGAAUCACCUAGCUUGCGGGUCGAUGCGACGUUAUGCUUCGGCGAGUGCUAUGCAGAAGUUGCAUUGGAGCGAUGAAUUGUCCCAGCUGGCGGAAUACAAUGCCAAAAGUUGCAAUUUCGCACAUGACGAGUGCCACAAUACCGUCAAACACCGCCACACCGGACAAAGCAUUGGGAUGAAGUGGUUCCAUGGAUUCAACUACACGACAACCCACGUUGUGCGAGAUAUUAUACGAAAAUGGUACUUGGAACACAAGUUAACCAAACAACGAGACAUGGAUCGAUUUGUUUUCGGUCCUCACACAUUCGAUAUCGGCCACUUUACACAAAUUGUUAAUGCAGACACCACCGAGGUCGGUUGUGCUCUAGUUCGUUUCCAGAAGCGACAGAAAAGCUUAUCGUUUGUGCACUACUAUUUGGUGUGCAACUACUCCGAAGGUAAUCUGUACGACCGACCGGUGUAUCAAAAAGGGAAGCGAUGCAGUAAAUGCAAACACGGAUGCACCAUGGGACAAUUCCGCUGUUUAUGUCGUGGAUGAAUUAUGAGACCCUUAUUUCAUUAAAACUUCCAAGCUCUCUAGCCAUAAGUGUUUUUUGUAGGUUUCUAGAGCGUGCGACAGGUAAACAAUUAGAUGACACAGAGGUGCAAUGAGCAAUAAAAGUGAAUUAAAUGUUACAGUAGAAUCGCAUUCUUAGUUAUCACUUUGAGAACGUUGAUUAACAAUACAGGCCAUAUUUCCUAUAGAAUCUCAUGGUGUAUCAAUGCCCUGCAUGAUCGCGUUUGGAAAUCAAAGCUUUUAGACAUUGA